AAAAGGGUGUUCUGUCUGAAGGAAGCGGCCAUUGAAGCGCCACGAAGCCUCUCUCUCUCUCCUCUUCUCUCUCUAGAAAAACAAAGAGAUCCUUCACUAUUCCAAUCUCCUUUUCUCGAUAUGUUUUCGAUUCUAAUUUAGGUUUUCGUCAUGGUGGAUCAUUACCAAGUCCUAGGCGUUACCAGAAACGCGACGAAGCAAGAGGUCAAAGAAGCGUUCCGGAGAUUAGCCGUGAAGUACCAUCCCGACAAGCACGCACAGUCUCCCGACCACGUUCGGUUAAACGCAACCGUGAGGUUUAAGCUUGUGUCGGAAGCGUACGAGGUAUUGAACGACGAUCGCAAACGCGCGUCUUAUAACGCUGUAAGCGAUUCCGAUUGCUUUCGCCGUACAAGCGGUACUUAUAGCAACCCGUACGGAAACCGUUAUGGUUACGGUUACGGUUACUCUGCGAGGAACAGUCGUGGUCAAGGGUCUAGUUUCAGCAGCGCGUUUGAGUCGACGUUUCGUUACUUGACUACACGCGCGUUUCUACUUAACCUCGCGUUAGCUGGUGGUAUGUGUUUUGCCUUUACCGCGAUUGAUACAAGCGGAGAAACAUUAUGGAAAAUGCGCAACUCCGGGAAAUCAUUUGAAGACGCGAUGGAUUCACUUGAGAAAACAAAGGUACAUAAGGAUGAAGGGUGAAAGAAAGGAUCCAGAGGUACUACCAAGACUUAUACAUUUAUAUAUUUUUUAAUUUGUGUAAAUUAAAAGUAUAAUAGCUAAAAAGGCACUUUUUAUUAAUCGAUUUAUGAGAGUUAAUACUUGCACGCAAUUGCAUUUGAGUGUAUAACAACGGCAAGCAAAGAUGGGAUGUUGUAAUAAAACAAAUAAAACUUUUGGCUUUUGUAUCAGUAAUGGGGACAUUAUUGUA